AUGGGAAACAUGUUCAAUACCCCUUUCGAGAUCCACAGACGGUACGACCUCAAAGGUUCUUGGGUUGGCCGUGUCACGAAGGAGGAGGACAAAGAUCCGUCAGUUGCCCUCAAGGAUGUCGAUUUCACAAAGGCCAAUGAAUCCAUCCUGGUUGGUGCCGAACGGAAGGCAAAGCUUGUGGCGCAGAUCGAAAAAGACAGCAUCUUCUUGCGGGACAAUAACAUUAUAGACUAUUCCUUGCUGUUGGGCGUCUACUUGCUUGGUGGCCCGUCUCAGUCCACUGAAGAGAAAGGCGAGAACCCAGAGAGCUGCAUGGGGCUGAGGGGUGCGUCUGCAACUCCGCAGAUGGCAACUGGGGCCACGGUCCGCAUGACUUCAUCGGACGACUUGCACGGCGAGGUUCCAUUCCAUCAGGCCCACAUGGGUGGCAUGCUGUCCUCUGACCAGAAGGUCUUGUAUUUUUUGGGCAUCAUUGACAUCCUGACACCGUACGACAGCAGAAAACACUUGGAGCAUUGGUUCAAGGACUGCCUUUCAAGAAUUCAUGCCUGCCGCUGGUUUCGGAAACAAUCUUGUAACACGACAUGGAUGUCAGGCACUGCGCUACGACCGCAAAGGGGUUUCGUGCUGCCCUCCUGCUAUGUACGCGGAGCGGUUCAGUUCUUUCCUGAAGAACUGUAUACACUGAGAGGCAUAUUGCUGCAUAUCAUCUUGCUUAUUCCCUCUCUAAAGAUGAUUGAUUGUACAUGCUAG